AUGGGUUUGUCUUCUGUCUUUGUCGCUGUCUCUGCGCUUCUGGCAGGGGGCGCUUAUGCUCUCCCCACGGCAGAUCCGAUCACCUUCGAUAUCCGGGAUGAGAAUAUUACACUGGCUCGUCGUAGUGAAGCUGUCAACUACAACCAGGAUUACAUCGCCAGCGGUGCGAAUGUUCAGUACUCGCCAAAUUUGGGUGCUGGAUCUUUCUCGAUCAACUACAACACCCAGCAAGACUUUGUCGUUGGCCUCGGCUGGCAGCCUGGUGACACCAACCCUAUCACCUACUCAGGGUCAUUCUCGGCUUCGGGUGUCGGAAUCCUCGCCGUCUACGGCUGGACCACCAAUCCACUCGUAGAAUACUAUGUCAUGGAGACACACGAUGGUUAUCAGACCGUAGGCAACCACCUAGGCACUGUAACAAGCGACGGUGGCACCUAUGACAUCUGGGAGCACCAGCAGGUCAACCAGCCUUCAAUCCUAGGCACAUCGACCUUCAACCAGUACAUCUCCAUCCGCCAGACUCCCCGUACUAGCGGAACCGUCACUAUCGAGAACCAUUUCCAGGCAUGGGCAAAUGCCGGUCUCCAACUCGGCACCUUCAACUACCAGGUCAUCGCCGUCGAAAGCUGGAGUGGAAGUGGCUCUGGACAAAUUUCGGUCAGUAAAGGCACUGCCUCACCUACUACCACCUCUCCGGGAGGCGGCACCACGAGUACCACUCCUCCUUCAAGUGGAGGAACUGGCUCGGCUCACUGGGGACAAUGCGGAGGACAGGGUUGGACUGGUCCCACUACAUGCCAGUCUCCUUAUACUUGCACGUCAAUCAAUCCUUAUUACAGCCAGUGCCUGUAA